AACUAUAUUUAAUGCUAUAUAUAUAUAUAUGCCGCAAGAUUCGAUGUGACAUAAAAUUUUUUAAAAAAUUUAGUUUUUGGAGUCAACGAAACAAGGUCUACUAAAAAAUGGUUGUGGCGCGGCACGGGUGUGAUUCAUUUCAUAUUCAUACUCUCGUGUACUCGUAGUAUAGUCGACUCUGCUCCCUCGACCCCAGCGGGAAGCCCGGCCUCCAUGCGCCUCAGUGGCGUGGCGCCCGCCAACUGUGCUCGCUGCCGCUGCCUCGGCCUCCUUGGCCUCCAUCGAACGCGACCUCGGCGGACGCCUCGCAGCCGACAGGCCCGCUCCGUCGACCUGCUCGAAAGCCUCAGGCCCCGACUCCAUGCGCCUGUCCGCCACCGUCGCCACCAGGCUCGGAGGUGCGGCCUCGGCGGGCGUUGGAGGCGAACGCCUUGCUGUCACACGGCUUCCCAUCGUGCCCCUCGGCUCCAUGCGCGGCCGGGUCGGUAGUCGCCGCGGACGAGCAUGGCGAGAUGCACGUGCACCUGCUUGACCUCGGUUCAGGCGCGCGCAAGCCGCUCCCAGGGCGUCAUGGCCCUCGCCAUCUACCGGCAGCUGAACCACCGCAACCAGCGGGCCACGGCGCGGCCGGGGCGACCACGCACGGAAGUCCGUGGCGCCGACCAGCAUCCCUGACGUGGUCGUCCACCAGGGCCACCUCUACGGCUCUACGCCAACACGAGGACGAGGGCCUCUCCUUCCCCAAUCCCCACACCACGCGUGCGGCGUGCCCAGCUCGAGCCCAGCCGGCCCCGCCUCCCGUUCUCUCCAGCGCCGCCGCCGCCUCUGCGCGCCCGAAGGAGCACCGCCACAGCCGAUCCGCUCUCCUCCGCGCCUCAUCCGGCCGUUUCUGGCGGCUCUUGGGCCUCCCUCGCCCUCCCUGACGGCCCCGAGCUCGCGCUCCAUCUCCGCCCA